AUGAGCUACCAAAUCUCACAAAAGCUGUGGUCGCAGCUGCACCACUUCGCAAGCUUCCCACAGACCGGCAUCUCGCUCCGUCAGAUGGUGCAGUUUGGGCGCAAUCCGAAUCCAGGCACUAUCCUCCAAGCAGGUAGCUUCCUCGCAGAAGAGCUUCCCAUUCGACUGGCGCAUCGUGUUAAGGAGCUGGAUGAAUUGCCACAUGACCUCUCCAAGAUGCCCUCGAUCGUCAAGGUCAAGAACUGGUAUGCACAGUCCUUCGAGGAGCUCGUCGAGUUCCCCAAGCCGCAGCUUCCCGACUCAGUACAGAAACUUCUGCAGAACGCAGCCAAGAACGCCGAGCCUCUUCCGCAGUCCAAGCCAAAUCCCAGCCUGCUAGAGUCGGCCACGCUGACCGACAGCGAUGACAGCCUCGCAAAGGCGCUUGUACCGAGAAAUGGCAACGGCAAGAACGGCAACGGCUCAAGAUCACGCGCUCUCCUCGAGCAACGAUAUUAUGCCAAUCUGCCAGAUCAGCAAUGGCCCAGCGAGAUCGAGCAGUACAAUGAAGACUUUACAAAAGCCCUCGAGAAGAUCAAAAAGAGGCACGAUGCCGUCGUCACCACCAUCGCCCAGGGCGUGCUGGAAUACAAGCGAUCAAGAAAGGCCAACCGACUUCAAGCGGACGUGCAAUCCUUCUUGGAUCGUUUCUACCUCUCGCGUAUCGGCAUUCGUAUCCUGAUCGGUCAGCACAUCGCCCUCAGCCGUUCCUCGCAACAGCCAUCCUCCAAGCUCAUUGGCAGCGGCAGCAGCACCAACAGCAACGGCGACUUUUCGCUCUCGGAUCAGAUCGCCCGCGUCAAGGUCGAUGGCAACCAGGAGCAUGAGCAGUACGUUGGCAUCAUCUGCACCAACACCAAUGUGGGUGCUAUGGCGCACGAAGCUAUCGAGAACGCACGAUUCGUCUGCGAGGAGCACUACGGGCUGUUCAAGGGUCCGCCUGUGCAGCUUGUCUGCCCGCCCGAUCUCACGUUCAUGUACGUGCCAAGCCAUUUGAACCACAUGCUCUUCGAGCUGCUCAAGAACUCGCUUCGAGCCGUGGUGGAGCGUUACGGUGUGGAGCAGGAGGACAAUUUCCCGCCCAUCAAGGUCAUCGUCGUCGAAGGCAAGGAGGACAUCACGAUCAAGAUCAGCGACGAGGGUGGAGGAAUCCCACGCAGCGAGAUGCCGCUGGUGUGGACCUACAUGUACACCACGGCCCAAUCGGAAGACUUGGACCCCGAGUUCAAUGCUUCCGACUUUAAAGCGCCCAUGGCCGGUUUCGGUUACGGUCUGCCACUGGCACGACUGUACGCUCGCUACUUUGGCGGUGAUCUCAAGCUGAUCUCGAUGGAGGGCUAUGGCACGGAUGUGUACCUGCACCUCAACCGACUGUCAUCGAGCAGCGAACCGCUGCCGUAG